CCGCUUGGACAGGGCGGUGUGUGUGUGUGUGUGUGUGUAAGUAACGGAGUAGCGGCCACAUCACACGGCGCUCGGCUUCUCCGCUACGUUGUUGCGACUCUCCUCUGACGUGUGUGCGGGACGGUACCGGAGCGUGAGGCGGUGGGGGACGUUCUGCGCGCGAGCCGUGCCGUGUCUCACCACUGAGGCUUUAACGGCAGCGUUUUUCCGUUUUUCUUCUCCGUCAUUUUGGUUCCUCUGAAGCUCGGAGCUUCUUGAACUCCCCCGAGCAGGAGUUUCUGUUUAUUUAUUUAUUUAUUUAUUUAUUUGUCAUCCUCCUCCUCUCGUGCCCCUCUCUCUCUCUCUCUCUCUCUCUCUCGCGCGCGCGCAGUCUCCGGAGGAUCGCGAGGCGGAAUAAAGUUUAUAAAUGGUGGAGGCCGUAGUGGAGUUUGACUAUCAGGCCCAGCACGAUGAUGAGUUGACCAUCGCCAUCGGUGACAUCAUCAGCAACAUCAGGAAGGAUGAGGGGGGCUGGUGGGAAGGCGAGGUGGACGGCCGGAGGGGCCUGUUUCCAGACAACUUCGUCAGGGAGAUUAAAAAGGAGGUGAAGAAGGAGCUCAGCUCGAACUCCCAAGCAGCCAAAUCAGAUCUGUCCAAUGGCAGCGCCAGUCCCAGAUCAGAAUCCAGCCUCAGACCAGCCAAGAAAGGAGAGGCCAUACGGAAGAGACGCUGCAAAGCAGCCUUUAGCUACAUCCCUCAGAAUGAAGACGAGCUGGAGCUCAAGAUCGGUGACAUCAUUGAGAUCUUGGGAGAGGUGGAGGAGGGCUGGUGGGAAGGAUGUCUCAACGGCAGGACCGGGAUGUUCCCCUCCAACUUCACUAAAGAGCUGCCGGCCAACGCAGAGGAUCUGGCAACCCCAUCUGAGGAUACACGCAGCACACGGACCAGUGUGAAGGACAGUACAGGCUCGGAGAGUGACGGAGGAGACAGUGUGCGUUCAGACGCAGGUAGCGCUGCUUCCAGCAGUGAGAUUCAGCCCAAGAAGGUGCGUGGCUUUGGAUUCGGUGACAUCUUCAAAGAUCAGCCCAUUAAGCUCCGCCCACGAUCAAUGGACCUGGAAAAUGAACUGGAGAAGCCGCCAGUGAAGAAACCAGCGCCGUCUGUUCCUCAGGAAAACAUGAAGACAGAACCUGAAAACAAGCCAAAAGUGAAGGAGUUCUGUAAAGUGCUAUUCCCGUACGACGCCCAGAACGAAGAUGAGCUGUCAGUCAAGGAAGGAGACAUCGUUACCAUCAUCAGUAAGGAGUGCGCCGAUGCAGGCUGGUGGCUCGGGGAGCUGAACGGUAAAGAGGGUGUGUUUCCUGACAACUUUGUGAAGCUCUUUGUUCCCGAGGUGGAGAAAGAGAGGCCUAAGAAACCACCUCCUCCUGCAGCACCCGCUUCUAAACCCCUCACAGACAAAAAGCCAGAGGUUAAAAAGGUUCCUCCUGAGCGGCCCGAGUCUCUUCCACAGCGAGCCGAGGAGAAAGGUGAUGAAAUCAAGUUGGUUGAGGUCCAGAAGCCGGUGCCUCCUGUCUUUCCACCGAAGAAGCCUUUACCCCCAAAGACCAACAACUCCCUGAACCGGCCCUCGUCCUUGCCCCCUAAACGACCCGAGCGACCUGAGAGACCGGUCGCGCCCAGCAUACAGUGUGACGGUCCUGGUGUAGCUUCAGAUCGGACGUCCUCAGACAAAUCAGCUGAAAUCGAUAUAGAUGACUUCGACUCCAUCGUCUCCUCCACAGAGAAGCUGAGUCACCCAACUGCCUCCAGACCUCGAGUCACAGAUCGCAGACCUCGCUCUCAGAUCUUCACAUCUUCCUCUGUCUCCAGCCCUGACCUCCUGGACUCACUGUCUCUGGAGGAUGAGCAGAGAGAGAAGGGGAAGGGGAAGGACGAGCCGGACUCAUUCCCUCCCAAACCUCAAGACAACACCAGAAAGAUGCCCAAGGCCCUGCCCAUCAUCACAGCUCCUGAGAAGUCAUCCAAACCCUCGACUCUGACUGCAACGCCUGGCGCUGCUGCCCUCAGGCCUCACUCUCCCUCCAUGGAGGCCAAGAUAAAGAGCGAUCAAGGUUCCACCACGCUGGAGGAGCUCAGAGCUCAACUGCGAGAGCUGAGGGCCAUCGUGGAGCUGAUGAAGAGCCAGCACAAACAAGAGAUGAAACAGCUUGUGAGUGAACUAGACGAGGAGAAAAAGAUCCGCUUAUCCCUGCAGAUGGAUGUUGAGAACAUAAAGAAGGUUCUGUCCAAAUGAAUGCACGUGAUGGUGAAGUGGUUGAGGUUGGAAGGCGGAAACCCCGAACGCCUGGCAGAUGGAUUUGUGCCAAAAGAGAAAAAGAACAAAAACCACGCGAGAACAACAGCAUAGAGAAAACAAACGAAGGCUUCCCUCACUUCCAGAUUAUUUUUAUUUGAUUAUUUUUUUAAAGGGUGAUGUGGCACUCUGUAGCGCCAUCGUGUUGAGGAGGAACCCAUCUUCUCCUGGUACUGCGUUCCAUAGAGUGACUCGACUCUUUAAGCGACAUGAAGGAGAACCCGCUGCAUUUACCUUCAGUACGGUUCACUUUGAGUUCUUUUCUUUGCCUUUACCUUCGUGGCCUUUAUUUUUAUUUUUCUCACCGUUACCCGUGCGGCUGUCGCUCUCCUCUCACCCAUGCUGAUGCUGAGGCCUUUAUUUUUCAUAAAAUUGUGUCUUUUCUUUCAGUCUUUUGUCAGCGAUAAGGAGAACAUGCACAUUUUGUUUUCUUGAUGCUGUUUCUUCUUUUGAGAAAGUCUUAUAUAAACUUUUAUAUUUUAAUGUACGGAAAAUGCAUUUAUGUGUGCAAAUUUUAUUAAAAAAGAAUAUUCCAAAAUAAA